AUGCUUCCUAAAACUGGCCCAUUGGCCUAUUCAUCCAGCCCCACCCUCUCUCUAGCUGCAGAACAGAACCAGAGUGAGCAGAUGGCAGCUGGAGAGAGAGCCGGGGAAAGGCAGCUCUCCCUGGGCAAGGCCGCCUGCAUCCUCACCGGGGCAUCCCGGGGCUUCGGCCGGAGCCUGGCCCUGCUGCUGGCCCCGCGGCUGGAGACUGGCUCGUUCCUAAUCCCGGUGGCCCGAUCCCAGGGGGGCUUGGCCGAGCUGGAGGCUGAGCUGCGGUGCAGUUUCCCCAGCUUGAAAGUGCAUUCCGUCCAGGCUGAUCUGAGCACGGAGGACGGGCUACAGCUGGUGCUCCGAGCAGUCCAGGACAAGCUGCCGGGAGCGGCUGAUCUGGAGCGACUCCUCGUCAUCAACAACGCAGGAUCAGUUGGAGACAUUUCCAAAUCCUUUCUGGAUUUCACCAGCCCAGCCGAAGUCAACAGCUACUUUGCCUUCAAUGUCACCUCGGCGCUCUGCCUCACAUCCUCCAUCCUGAAGGCCUUCCCGGGGCACCCUGGCUUGUGCAAGACUGUUGUGAACAUCUCUUCGCUGUGUGCCCUGAAGCCUUUCAAGACCUGGACGUUGUACUGCACUGGGAAGGCCUCGCGGGACAUGAUGUUCCAGGUGCUGGCACUUGAAAACCCGGAGGUUAGAGUGCUCAGCUAUGCCCCAGGGCCUCUGGACACGGAAAUGCAGCAGCUGGCCCGCACAAAGUCCGGAGACCCGGAAGUGCGCGAGCAGUUCCUCCGCAUGAAGCAGAGCGGGCAGCUGCUGGACUGCAGCGUGUCCGCCCAGAAGCUAGUGACUCUGCUGCUGCAGGACACGUUCGCCUCGGGGGCACACAUAGACUUCUAUGAACUCUAACCCGCCAGCCUGCUGCUUCCCCCCGCCUCGGCGUCUGCUUCUGCAACUGAGCUACGUAUAAAAUGCCCUCGGCUUUCAGAAGGGAAACCAACUACCGGACUGUGACUCUCAUUUCAAAUAUCCACCGG